AUGCGGCAUCCAAGAAGCCGCAGACAUAGACGUGAGGGGCCCCCCCGUCCCCUUGGGGCCCCUCCCUUGGGCCCCCCUCCCUUGGGCCCGCCUCCUCCCCUGGGCCCCCCUCCUCCUUUGGGGGUACCUCCCUUGGGGGCCCCUCCUUUGGGGCCCCCUCAUCUGCUGGGCCCCCCUUUGGGGAGCCCAUUUUUGGGGGGUCCCCAAGGCUUUCCACUCCUGCAGCAGGACCCCCUGCUGCAUCUGCCGCAGGUGCAGACCCCACUUGAUUGGCACACAGCGCAGCAGCAGCAACAACAAUUGGUGCAGCAGCAACAAAGACAGCAGCAACACGUGCAGCACCAGCAAUUGGAGCAGCAGCAGGUUCAGCAGCAGCGAGAUGUUGCAGCCCCGCAGCAGACCCCGCCGCACAACUGGAUGCAACAGCCGCAGCAGCAGCAGCUGCAACCGAAUGUACUGCAGCGACAGCAGCAAAAACGAGAGCACCACGAGCAACGGCUGCAUGACGAGCUGCAGCCGCCGCAGCAGCAAAAACAGCAACAGCAGCUGCAGCAACAACAGCCACAGCAGCUGCAGCAGCAGCAGCCACAACUGCAACAACCACAGCAACAACAGACACAACAACAACAGCUGCAGCGACAGCAGUCACAGCAGCAACAGGUGCAGCACCCGACCUACCACCAGCCCGUACAGCCCCAAGAGCAAGAGGUACAGCCGCCGCAGCAGUAUCAUCAUCAGCAGCAAUGGGAGCAGAGACAACUGCAGCAGCAGCAGCAGCAGCAGCAGCUGCAGUGGCUUGGUCAUCGACCAGUUGGCACGCCUUCUUCAGUGACGCAACAGCAGCAGGAGCAGCAGCAGCAGCAACGACAACAACAACCACAGCAACGACAAGAACAAGAACAAGAACAAGAACAAGAUCAAGAACAACAAGAACAACAAGAACAACAAGAACAACAAGAACAACAAGAACAAGAACAACAACAACAAGAACAAGAACAAGAACAACAACAACAACAGCAACAACAACAGCAACAGCAACAGCAACAACAGCAGCAGCAACAACAACAACAUGGCGGCUCCUAUUCAUCUUGGUCUUGGUCCCCUUGUGACCAGCAGCAAGUGCAAGAGGAACGAGUGCAGCAACGACGGCAGCAGCAGCAGUACUCGCGGGACGUAUCGCCAGAGGCGGGGGAAAUACCCUCUAGGCCCGAUGCACGUGCUUGGCAACAGAAGCAGCAGCAACAACAGCAGCAAUGGCAGCACCCGGAGAGUCGCAUGCUGGCAGGGAGUGAUGCAGGAGCCGCAGCAGCAGCAGCUUCUGCUGCUGAAUCUGCUGCAGCGGAAAUGCGCAGGCAGCAGGAAUUGUGUGAAUUAACUCCCAUCUCCUCUCUAUCUCCUAUCAGCAGUGAUGAUGCAGCAACAGAUGACGAAGCCCUUGGCACAGCAGCAACAGCAGAAGCAACAGCAGAAAUAGCAGCAGAAGCAGCAGCAGAAGCAGCAGCAGAAGCAGUGCAAACGGCUACCAAUAUAUCGAGCCCUGUAGCAGUUAAGGAGAAAACAGAAACAGCCGAUGCUACUAGUGAGUCUCCAAUUUCUACGCCUACGGUACAGCAGCAGCAGCAGGACAUGCCUCAGGAAGCAGCAGACGGAGCAGCUGCUGUUCAGUGCUUACCGUUCAAAGGGGAGGCUGCAGCAGCAGCAGAGCCUACAGAAGCAGCAGUGCCAACAGCAGCAGCAGAGCCUACAGAAGCAGCAGAGCCUGAAGAAGCAGCAGAGCCUGAAGAAGCAGCAGCUGCAGAAGAAGCAGCGGAGACAGCAGCAGCGGAAGCUGCAGAAGCAGAAGCCCAAGCUGUUUCUCCACAGAGCAAUGAAGAUACAGUAGAUGUUGCUGAGGCAACAGCAGCAGUAGCAGAAGCAGCAGCUGAUGUAGACCACACAACAGACGAAGAAGACGAAGAAGAAGCGGAAGCUGCAGCAGUACCAGCAGAAGCAGCAGCAGCAGAAGCAGCAGCAGCGUCAGCGAUUACUGCUUGCUGCCGCCGUCUGUGUGUUGGGCGCACAUGCGCACUGCAGCAGCUGUCGCGGAAACAGCGAGAAGAGUUGCAGCAGACUCGUGUAGCCAUCAUAGGGGCUGGCCUUUCCGGCAUGAGUGCCGCGCGGCUGUUGUCAUCGUUUGGAGUGUAUGUGGAAGUCUUCGAGGCCCGUGGAAGGCUUGGGGGACGUUGCUGCAGCUUGCAGGUUGGAGGCAUAGAAGGGCUUGACCUCGGGGCCUCGUGGAUCCAUGGCAUUGAAGGAAAUCCUCUCUAUCGUAUUUGCAAGGACUACGGCCUCCUCGUCUACGGCGACGACGAUCGAGAUAUGGAGAUAUCUGUGCCUCUGUACGGGCUAGAUGGUGCUCUAACGGACAUGAGCCUGGACAGCUGGUGCGAGGCCACAAGGACGCAGCAGCAGCAAGAAGUUGAUGCUUUUAUUAAAGCUGCAUGCAACAAGCUGUGCAGACACCCCAAAUGUUCUGAGCUGCACCAGAAGCAGCAGCAACGCGUCCAGCAGCAACAGCGAACGCUCUUCCGCCUGCUGCAGCGCCAGCAGCUGCUGCAGCAGCGGCAACCACAGAGACAGCAGCAGCGGCAAUCCCACCAGCGCAUGCACACACUGCAAAUGAAGACCAGGCCAAUGAAGCGCCCUGCCCCCACAUUGCUGCUGCAUCAGCACCAGCAGCCAAAAUACAGACGCCUCCUAGCUGUACAGAAGCAGCAACAGCAGUACCCGCAACAGCAGGUCUGCAUGCAUGCAUCUCGUGAAGCCCUUAAGAUUUCAAUUGGGCAAUAUCUAGCUGAGAAAAAUGAGGUCGCGUUAAACCAGAUGGAGGAGCAAGACAAAGGUGCUGCUGCUGCGGAUGAUGAUAAUGUUGCUGUUCCUCCUCCUGCCCCUGCUUUUAGUGCCGCUGUUGCUGCUGCUGUGUCGGUUGGUACAGCUUUGCUGCUGCUGCUUUCGUGCCGUGAUGUGCAGGCGGACGACGUUACGGGCUUGCCGGGUCGACACGUGAUGCUCCAGCGAGGCUAUCGUUCCCUUGUGGAGUGUCUUGCUGCUCCUGCUUCAGUUGCAGCAACAGCAGGAGCAGCUGCGCCUCCAGCUGCAGGACCAACAGCAGCAGGCGCAGGUACAGCAGCAGCAACAGCUCGGUUGGUGUUGAGGCCCCCAAAGAUACACCUUAAUUCUGCUGUGCAGCAAAUCAGCAUCACAGACAAUGGCGUCGUGCUGAAGCUGCUAUCAGGACCACAAACUGCUUCCUUCGACUUCUGUCUCGUUACGCUGCCUCUUGGUGUGCUGAAGGCCUCAUUAGAGGCAUUCGGUCCCGACGGCAAGAGCACAAACAAUGGUAGCAGGGGCAGUAGCAACAACAACAGCACCACAAACAGCAGCAGCACAUGCGCUGGCCUAGACCCGGCAGCCGCCCCUGCCGCCACAGCAGCAGAAGCGGCAGUAGCACCUUCAGCAGAUGACGCCGGUGAAGGCCAAGGUCUACCUGCGGCAGCAGCAGCUGCUGCAGCGACAACAGCAGCUGCGGCAAGGAUGCUCGGCAUGGCGGAGGCGGCAAUGAGUCGCAGCAUGUCAGCGGGCUUUGAGGCAACAGCUGCUGCAGCGGCGGCGGCAGCAGCAGCGGAGGCCAACGGCAGCUGCUACGGGAAGAUGGUGCUGCACGGCUUGGAGCUGAACACAGCGGCAGCAGCAACGAGCGCAGCAGCAGCUGCUAAUGCUGCUGCGGCGGCGAUUGCGACGGUGGGUGCAGCUGAAGCAGGAGGGGGAGCAGCAGCAACAGCAGUAAACAACUAUUUCGGCUGUCUCGACAGCUUUCACGAAUUGCCAAUCCCUUUGGCUUUGCCAGACCAUAUUUGCAGCCUCAUCAGGACGGAAGACACUUCGUUGUCUGCGGAGCAGCAACAACAGCAAGUUGCUGUUGCUGCUGCUGCUGCUGCAGACCAAGCUGCAGCCGCAGCUGCUCCCAUACCAGCGGGAGCACCGGGACGCAGUAGCAACGUUUUGCUGCAGCGGCUUGAUGCAGCAGCAGCAGCUGCUGCUGCUGCUGCUGUCCGAGCCCAGGGAGUAACUCCUGCUGCAGCGGCCAGGGCAUCAGCUGUAGCCGAAGCAGCAGCAGCAGCAGCAGCAGAGGCGGCUGUGGCAGCAGGAGGGUCAGACGCAAUCGCUGCAGCUGCUGCUUCAAUUGAAACACGAGCUGCUGCUGUUGCUGCUGCCGCGGCAAACGCUGCACAGGAGCUGCUGCGCGCAAGGGGUGUUUCUCUUGAAGAUUCGGAAGCAGCAGCAACAGCAGCAGCUGCUGCUGCUACAGCAGCAUCUACUGCAGCGUCCCCUAUCCCUGCAGCGGGGGGAGCAGCUGCAGCUGCUUCAUCAGCCAUCGAUGCUGGUGUCCGCGCUGCUGUCGCUGCUGCUUGCAGCACGGCACGAGCAGCAGUUGAAGCAGCACAGGCGCGUGCUUGCUUCCGUGCUCUCAGCAGCAGCGGCAGCAGCGGCAGCAGCGACAGCAGCGGCAGCAGCGGCGGCGGUGUCUGCGAAGGUCCCACAGUAUAUUUGAGCGGUGCUACGAGUGCGGCAGGUUAUGCAGCACAAGCAGGAUCAUUAGACGCAUCAACGGCAUCAGCAGCAUCAUCAGCAGCAGCAGUAGCAGCAGCAGGAAGCAACGCAGGUCUUGUUCGCUUCAAUCCACCGUUGCCGGAGUGGAAGGCGGAGGCAAUCCGUGUCGUGGGAAUGGGGGCGAUAAAUAAAGUUGUAAUUGUCUUCGACAGAGUCUUCUGGCCAACUGAACCCCUCAUCCACCCUUCAAGUGCUGCUGGUGCUGAUGCUGCUGCUGGUGCUGCUCCCAACCCAACUGCUGCUGCUGCUGCGCAGCAGUCGGACCAGCAACAGCAGGCGCAACAGGAACAGCAGCAACAUCAGGAGGCAGACGGGCUUCAUCAGGGCGAAUCAGCGGCAUCGACUGAAGCAACAGCAGUUGCACCGCUCUUAAACGGUAUCAACGUAGCUGAAACGAGUGCUGGUGCUGGUGAUUCUGCUGCAUCGGAUGACUCUGCAUCCUCUGCUGCAGAAGCAGCGGCGCAGGUCGCUGCAGAAGCAGCAGCAGCGGCAGCGGCGGCAGCAGCGGCGGCAGCAGCAGGCGAGGUGGAUGCAACUGGCCGGGUGUUACGAAUGGGAUGUAGACAGAAGGGAUGGGCCUCAGCAGAAAAGGGCGCCUACGCUCAAAUCGUAUACCUCCACCCCAAACCUGCUGUCUUGAUCCUGUUAUCUGGGCGAUUUGCCUUUGGGUCUGAGUUUCGUGCCAAGGAAGUGCUCCUACUGGAGGCUCUGUCUGUGUUGGGAUUGCUGCACGGCCAAUUGUCUCUUCCUGUUGCGGCUUUUGUCUCGAGGUGGAAAAGGGAUCCUUUUGCCAGAGGCAGUUACUCUUACCUGCCCCCAGGAGCAACAGGCAGAGACCUCGACCUUCUUGCUGCUCCUCACUUUAAUAGCAAAGCUGAUGCGCGGAUGUUGUUUGAUUGCUUUGAAUGGGGCGGAGGCGGCGGGCUAAAGAAUACCGGCUGCCCUGUAGUGUAUGAGGAUCACAUAGAAGGGCCGCGGCCAGAAGAGCGCAGUGAGUGGUUCGGAGCUGUGCGCUGCGCCUUCUGCGGAGAAAGCCAAACCCUGGACCGUUUAUUUGUGGGAUGCAUCACCAUUCCCCUCCCAGGCGGCAGCAGCAGUAACAGCAGCAACAGCAGUAGCGGCAGCAAUAGGAGUUUGCGUGUUGCGGUGCACGAAGACUGCAGCUACCACUGCCAAGAAGUUCUUAGCAGCGCUGAGGGCAGCCAGUGGCCUCUUUUUUGUCCAGAGCAUCUACUGGAGAAAUGGCGGGGCUAUCAGGGAGGGGCAGGCCCAUCGCAAGCAGCGGUGGCAGCAGCAGCUGCUGCCGCUGCUGCUGUUACUGCUGCACAGGAACCGCAGAAAGCACUAAAGGUAGCUGCAAGGCAGGAGCAACGGCGCCUUCGCCAACUGCAGCAGCAGCAGGAGCAGCACCGGCAGGAAGCUGCGUGCCCUGACUGUGGAACUGCCCGAGCGGACGCAGCCCUCACUUGGGGCCUGCAGCAAACCAGCAAGACAGCAGCAGCUGCUGCUGCUGCAAAUGCAGAAACAGCAGAAGCGGAGGCCAACAGCAACAACGACUUAACAGUACUAUCAUCAGGGAUUGCUGCUGCUGGGGAAUAUGCUGAGGCGCUGCUGGAAGUUGCAGAAAACGGGAUUGUGCCUGCCGUUGGAGCGGGUGUUGGUGCCGCUGCGACGCAAGCCUAUAGUUCCUCUGGGGAAAACAGCAGCAGCAAAUGCCAUUCGGAAGGACAGCAACAGCAGAUGCAACUCUACCACGAACAGAAGCUCCAACAGCGGGGAGCUGUGCGCCCUCUGCCGACUUUCUAUCGCGUGGUCCCUCCCCUGCUGCAACAACAGCAGCAAAAGCAGCAACGACAGCUGCAGCAGCAACACCGGCAACAGCAGUUGCAGAAGCGGCAGAGGAAUACCUUCUACGAUCAAUUGAAGGCAUUCUUAAACGCCAUAGGACACCCAACCGCAGUAGAAACAGGAAAACCAACAGUAGCACCAACACCGGUAGCGGAGGAAGUGGUGCAGCAACAAUGCCUGCCCUGA